AUGAUAAAAAAAUUUUUAUUCUCAAAUUGUGUUGAAAUAACAAAAUCUAUCAUCGAUAAUGGAAUUAUAUUCAAUAAUUACUAAAAAUAUAUUUUUUUUUAAACAAAUAUUACAUUAUUAGUUAAGAAACUGACUUAAAAGUUGCAGCUAAAGUAAUAAAAAAAAUUCAAAUUUUUCUAAUGA